CCCCUUAAAAACAGCUAUCCAUUUCUCACCCUUCCCCCUCACUCAUUUCCUUCUUAUCCUCCAAACAUGGCCGGCGAUAACUCAGCAGACCAAACCACCGACUCACCCGACCCGAACCCACAAGAAGACCCAAAUGCUGAUACCAACAAAGACAACAACCUCUCUUUUUCCUCGUACUCCGACUCCGACUCCGACUAUGACUACGACUACGACUACGACUACACUCAAUCCUCCACCAACCAAGAGGACGGCGUUGUCACCUACACCAGACCGGGAGAUGAAAUCCCAGAAUCGGAAAACACACCGGAGAAAAACAUUGCGCGGUUCGCGGAUGUCUUGGAGAGCAAAAGGAUGAAGAGGAUGAAAGAAGAAGAAGACAGAAACUAUGUUUUUUACGAGGAUUUGUUUGAUUUUCCAAGGGACAAAGAGAAUUGGAGGGAAGAGGAUUUGAAGGAGCUGUGGGCUGACCCUCCAUGGGAAUCUACGAAACCAGGGUGGGACCCAGUGUGGGCAGAUGAGGAGGAUUGGGAUAUUGUUAGGAAGAUGAAAGAAGAAGGGAGAGACCCGCCUAUUGCACCUUUUUACGUGCCUUAUAGGAGGCCAUAUCCGGUGAUUCCUGAUAAUCAUUAUGAUAUCUCGAAUCCGAAAGCUGUUAUUGAAGAACUGGAUAGGAUUGAGGAGUUCUUGACUUGGGUUAGCUACAUUUUCGAAGAUGGUAGCUCGUAUGAAGGCACUGUUUGGGAUGACUUGGCACAUGGCAAGGGUGUUUAUGUUGCUGAACAGGGGCUAGUCAGGUAUGAAGGUGAGUGGCUCCGGAACAACAUGGAAGGGCACGGAGUGGUAGAAGUUGAUAUACCUGAUAUAGAACCUAUACCAGGUUCCAAGCUUGAAGAAAAGAUGCGUGCUGAGGGAAGAAUUAUAUCUAGAGAUUUUAUGUCCCCGGAGGACAGGAAAUGGCUGGAGAUGGAUAUUGAAGAUAGCAUGCGUCUGGCUGGAGGGCAGUAUGAAAUACCUUUUUAUGAGAAUGAUGAGUGGAUUAGACAAUUUGGGGAAAAACCGGAGAAAGGUCGGUACCGUUAUGCUGGUGAAUGGAAGCAUGGAAGGAUGCAUGGUUGCGGUGUCUAUGAAGUCAACGAGCGCACCAUAUUUGGUAGGUUCUACUUUGGAGAGUUCGUAGAGGAUGCUACUGAUUGUGAUGAAGACAUUUCUGCGGUGCACGCAGGAAUAGCUGAAGUAGCUGCUGCAAAGGCUAGGAUGUUUGUCAAUAAACCAGAUGGAAUGGUUAGGGAAGCGUUUGGUCCAUAUAGUGAUCCUCAACAUCCCUAUUUCUAUGAGGAAGAAGAUGUGUGGAUGGCGCCAGGCUUCAUCAACCAGUUCUACGAAGUACCUGAUUAUUGGAAAAGAUAUGCACAUGAGGUAGAUCAAGAAAGAGAGAUGUGGUUAAAUUCCUUUUAUAAAGCUCCACUGAGAUUGCCUAUGCCCGCUGAGCUUUCAUACUGGUGGGAGAAUGAGGAGACUCCUGAAUUCAUUGUUCUUGACAAGGAACCAGAACCUGAUCCUGAAGAUCCAUCUAGGCGCAUAUAUACUGAAGAUCCUGUCAUCUUACACACACCAACUGGACGAAUAAUUGAUUGGGUUGAGGAUGAGGAACAUGGGGUUCGGUUAUUUUGGCAGCCAGCUCUGAAAGAUGGGGAAGAUUUUGAUCCUGAUAAAGUUCAAUUCCUACCUCUUGGUUUUGAUGAGUUUUAUGGAAAAGAGGAGGUGAUAAAGAAGGAAAACAUAUGGCAGCGACUUCUAAAAAGAGCUGAUGAUGUGGGCAAGCUGGUGCGUGGUAAACUAGAGAAAUGGACUGAAGAGAAGAAGAAAGCUAGCGAGAUAAAAAUACAGCUGUAUGAAAAGGAACUUGAGUUGAUAGAGGCUGAAUUGUGUUUAGAGGAGACCAUGGAAGACUUGGACGAGGAGCUGAAGAUGAGAGAAAAAGAGGAGGAAGAGAAGGUUGAGAUUGGUUUGCAGGGGGAAGAUAAUACCUUUGUGUCAGCCCAACAGGAGGAGAAACCUCUAGCUAAAGAUGAAGAGGAAGAGGAGGAGGAGGAAGAGGAGGAUGAUGAUGUUACACCAUCAAGUUUUGGUUCUGUGACCCAAGAUGAGGACCCAAGAAAGAAUGACCAGAAAGGAAACAGACCUGCAGGAGCUCCAUUUUCUGCAUCAUCACUGUCAUUUGCUUCCUGUAGUCUUCUUUCAACAGUUCCCUCAAGGCUACAGCAAUCGUUUUUAACAUGGAAGAAAAGAUUGCCGCAGAAGGCAACUCCUUCCCUUUGUGUGGAGAGCCCUAAUGACCUCUCUGGAAUGGUUAAUUCAGUCAGUUUCCCCCCAGUCCUUGGUCAAAAGGGAAGGUUGAGAGCUGAAAGUUGUGCAGAUCAGAGGAUUCAAGCUACAAACCAUUCCAACAGAAAGAUGUCUCGGUUACAUUCCUUAUCACGAAUUCUAUCCCAUCCUUCAGCUUCUGUGAACCCCAGAGAAAAUCUAAAAAAGCCAAGAAAACAGAGGCAUCCUUGGUUGCAUGCAGCACCAGAGAGAGAUUCAGACAGCAUAUUGUCAAUGCAGACACAAUUGUAUUAUUUAGAAUCAUAUACUAAUACAAUUAAAUAUGAGCCUCUUCCUCUCUUAAAUUAGAUAGGAAUUCCAUGAUAUUGCAAGAUGGCCAAUUUUGUAGACCACAUUUCAUUUUUUUGGCAAAAUGUCUGUAUGUACUCUGUAUUUUGGUUUCCUUCGGAUAAGGUGAUGGAACAUAUGAGAAUGCAAAUUGUUGGAACUUGGAA